UGCCUAAUUUUCUUUCCUUUUAUGGAGAACAAUGGCUAACUUCAAAGAACUGAGAGGAGAGCAAUUAUUCAAACUUAAGUGACAGGUUUCAAACUUUUAUUUAUAUAUAUAUAUAUUUUGUUGUUGUUGUUUGUUUUGUUUUUUUCCAGUAUAUUUUAUUGAUUUUUUACAGAGAGGAAGGGAGAGGGAUAGAGAGUUAGAAACAUCGAUGAGAGAGAAACAUUGAUCAGCUGCCUCCCACACACCCCCUGCUGGGGAUGUGCCUGCAACCAAGGUACAUGCCCUUGCCUGGAAUCGAACCUGGGACCCUUGAGUCCACAGGCUGACACUCCAUCCACUGAACCAAACCAGUUAGGGCAGGUUUCAAACUUUGAAAAUUGCCCGUUUUGAACUUAAAUCUAUAAAAGAAUUUUAAGAAAGCUUUUUCCCCCCAGUUGUAUUUGCCUUAUUUUAAAAUUUGUUUUUCUAUUUUAUUAAAAUUUAUUUUAGUACUUUUUUUUUUCUUACUGCAGUGAAGACCAUCAGAUACAAACUAGAAGAUGCUUGGUCUCUAAGAUUUGACAGUAGACAAGAGUUAAGACAGUUGUUUUUGUCUACCUUUGGCAUCAUGUUUUCCUACCAGUUAUAACCUUCUGUAUUUGGUUGCUGGAAUGUUGCUGUCAUCACAUUCUGUGUUGGGUAUGACAUCGUGAACUGGAACCAGUGGCAGUCCAGGACGCCCAGGCGUGGAGCUACGCUAUCUGAGAAGUCUGCCGUGUGUUGAAGCCACAUUCAACAUGGACCCGAAGGCUUUGGGAAAACUGGUGGAAUCCAUCAGUAAAACCGUCAAGAGCUUCAAGAAAAGUGAAGUUGAGAGCCUCAUAAUACUUUUUCACAGCUUGGUGGAAAAACCUGAUGUGAGGCUUGAUAACGCUAGACUAGAUCGGAGCACAUUUCGAAUGAUCCUGCACGGCUUGUUUGGAAUGACUGAUGAUAAGCUAAUGAAUAGGGUAUUUUUUGCAUUUGACAAAGACAGUGAUAACUGCAUAAAUGUAAAUGAGUGGGUUAAAGGAUUAUCAGUCUUUCUUCGAGGGACUUUUGAAGAAAAGCUGAAGUUCUGUUUUGAAGUGUAUUAUUUGAAUGGUGAUGAUGGUUACAUUUCUCGAGAGGAAAUAUUUGACAUGUUGAGGAACAGUCUACACCAGCAGUUAUCUGAUGAAGAGACUGAUGAAGGAAUAAAAGAAUUGGUAGAGAUAACGCUGAAGAAAAUGGAUUAUGACAACGAUGGCAAGAUCUCUUUUGCCGACUUUGAAAAAGCAGUGAAAGAAGAGAGACUUUUGAUGGAGGUGUUUGGACAAUGUUUACCAGAAGCAAAGAUUUGUCUUGAUUUUGAAGCCCUGGCAUUCAAACACAUCCUGGAUUCUGUCUAGUUUUUUAAUGUGAAUCACUCAAUACUUGCAUUAAAAUAAAAAACAGAUCCUGGUUGCCUAUCUUUAUUUCCUUCAGUUAAUUCACACAGAGUUACUGCAAUGUGAAAGGUAACAUUAUAAGAACAGUUUCUGUAAUAGUAAGUUUGGAUCAAAAUAACAUCUAUAAUAGGUAAUAAUAAGCAAAUUUAUUUAAGUUAGUCCACCACCUUGGAUCUUGUAGCAUCAAGUCAGGCAUUCUCAACCCUCUUUUCUCUUGCUUCCUUAACCAUAGAAACCUAAAGCAUUCACUAUUCCAGACUCCUCAGGAAUAGUCAUGGGCCCAGUUCUAGCCAAUAAGAUGUAACUAAAGUCACUGGAUGGCGUUUCUAGGAAAGUUUUUAUUAAGGGAAACAGUUGGCUGGCAAGUAUUUUGUCCACAAUAACCUAAUUUUAAAAGGUGAAACUAAAUUAAACAAGUAGCUUGAAAGAAAUUACAAAGAGGAGUGCAUUCAAAAAAAUAGCAGCAGUAAAAUCUCUUCAAGAAUUAAAACGACAGGCUAAAAAUAAAUACUCUU